CUUCAGGUUGUGGGAGUUUUCUUGGCUGUGUUUUUCUAACAGGAUUUUCUCGCUUUCGUGAUAACAAAAACGGCGGAUAUAACACGGUUACCAGUUUAAGGAUCGUAGCAUGGCCGCAAGCAUCAGUUUGAAGGAUCGAAGCAUUUAUGAGCAACUGUGCAAAGAUUAUCUAAAUUUGAAAACGAUUGCCAGUGGUAUCUGUGAUCGAGACAGUCUGAUUGGAAAACUGAAAGAUGAUCUUAAACCGGAAGUUGGGUCGGUACGCCGAAUUUCGAAGGUGGGGAAUGCCGAAGACCUUUGGCGCUUGCUUGAAGGCAGAAAUUUACUCAGUAUGAUUAAGUUUGAACUGUUCAAACGAAUAGGUGCAAUUUUGAACGAUGUCGAUUUUGACAAAUUCCUGGAAAUGUAUAAACUGAUACAUCAAACGAAUCGGGCUAUGAUCAGGCGCUUUUAUUUGGAAGAUCUUCGAUACCGGGAUAGGAGAUCACUUCUAGAGCGUGAAAUUGAGGCGGUGAAGUUAAAUGAAAACCUUCCAGAUCAGACGAAAACAAAUGGUGUAAAGUUGAACGAGUUCAUCCCCUCGAAUCGCGUGCUUAGUAAACCAGCUGGAGUGCCAUCAAGUACCAGUAGUUCAAGUUCGUCCAGCAAAAAUAGUGAAAAAUUCUGUCAAGCGAUUCAUGAUCUGCUGGUCAGAGAAAUUGGACGUGAUUGGAAUACACUCGGGCGUCAUUUGGGACACAGUGUAGCCUCGCUGUAUUCCAUUGAAGAACGACACCCGAAAGACGUUAAGGCCCGAAUCCUGGACAUUGUUAUCGAAGCUGAGAACGAAGCUGGCGAUUGGAAUCAUUUUAUCGUGCAACUUCUGCAAGCUUUGGAGGACAGCAGACGCAAAGACUUAAAACGGAAGAUCGAUAAGCUUUUGAGCCUGUGAAUCAGCACGGGGAUGUUUCUCAAAAUUAAUCGUACUAUGAAAUAGAGUUAUUUUUAGAAAAUAGCAAAUGAUAUAAUAAAUCAAUAUGGUUUUUAUAAUAAGAAGUUAA